AUGUCCGCCUCACUCCCCUCCACUCUGUCCUCCCUCCUCAAAAAGUCGACCCUCGAAGACCACGAGCAAAUUCUCUCAGAAUGCAAUAAAGCCUUGAAGUCCACAAAGGGCCCUGACUUGGAAACCCAACAUGUCAAAAUUGUGGCUCUGUUGAAACUCGAUCGUUACGAGGAUGCCGUGAAACUCAUUGAAGACACAGCCGGGUUGAAGAAGAAGGUGGAACUAGAAUAUGCGUAUGCUUUGUACAAGACCGGCCGUUUAAAAGAAGCUGCAGAGCUGGCAGCUACGGUCAAGGGGAGAGGGGCACAACACAUCGAGGCACAAGCUCGAUACCGUCUUGAAGACCCGAGCAUCCCUUCGGAACUUUACAAGCGAUUGCAACGCCAGGAGGUCGAUUCGGAGCAAUACGAUUUAAAAGUGAACCAGGGUGCUAUUGAUGCACAGGCGCAAUGGCUCGGUCUCGCUAAUCCACAAUCAAUACGAAGAGUUGGGAGAGAGGAUCUGGAAGCCUUUGAAACUGCGUAUAACGCCGCAUGUGGCAGCAUUGCGAGAGGAGAAUAUGCCCAAGCCGAAGUUCUCCUCAAGCGGGCAAAGGAACUAUGCAAGCACUCGGACGAUCUUACAGACCAGCAAAAGGCCGACGAGCUGCUCCCUAUCUCUGUCCAGCAGUUGUUCGUGCUGCUAUGUUUGGGCAAAACAGUGGAAGCAGAGAGCCUGGCUGGUGAAAUCAACGCCGCGGACGCUUCAGACCUUUCAACCCGUCAAGUCGGCCAGAACAAUGUUUUACUGACUACGUCUGUGUUCAAUCCAUUUGUCGCCCACAAGACCUUCCAUGCGACUCCAAACAUCCCACCGAAUGACAGGCUUUUCUCGUAUCAGAGUGUCCCUCUGGAAUCCAACAGAAUUACCAUCGAUCUGCAGACUUUCAAAUUCAAUGGCGUUGUCUCAUCUACAUCAAAGGCCAUCAAGGAUCGCAUUUCUCCCUCACUCUCACCGGAUGUCCUGCUCGCAUCCUUUUUCAAUGCUGCGGCUUAUGCCAAGAAUGAAGCGGGUAAGGCUGCCAUCCGAAAGAUAUUGCCGGUGCUUGAGAAACGGCCAAACGACAUUGGGUUGAUAGUCACCCUGGUUCAACUGUACGUGAUGAGCGGAAACACGACCUCCGCAGUCGAAUUGGUCGAGACGUUGUUCAAGAGAUUGGAGAACUCUGCCGUCUCGGGAGAGCAAGAUGUCAGAUUCAACCCUAUGCUCGUGAGUCUUAUGAUAUGUUUGUAUAAGACACGGGGUCAGAGAGACCAUGUCAAGCAGGAACUUGCCAAGGCCGCAUUAUAUUGGCGGACCAAAUCCAAUGCACCAACGACUUUGCUCAGAGCUGCAGGGGUGUCACUUUUGGAGUCACAAAAUCAGGAGGAUGCGAAGCUAGCAUCCGACAUCUUUACUAAGCUUCGCGAGCAACAACCAGAUGACAAGGCUACAAUCGCCGGUUACGUGGCGUCACAUGCCUGGGAUGACGAGGCUGUGGCUGGAGCAGAUACCGAUAAGCUGACUGCCACGUCUGAGCUCAUUCGCAACAUCGACGUCGACCUCUUAGAGAAGACGGGCAUUCCGCAGUCGUCGAAUGCUCUCACAAUAGCACAAUUGAGCCGGACAAAGAAACGGGGCGCUCCGGAGGGUGGCAACCUCAAACCUAAGCGUAUUCGGAAAUCGAGAUUACCGAGGGACUAUGAUGAAAGCAAGAAACCGGAUCCUGAGCGGUGGCUGCCCAUGAGAGACAGAAGCUAUUAUCGCCCUCCUAAGGGGAAGAAGAAAGGCAAGCGAGGAGGGGGUAAUGAUGAUCGAACGCAGGGCGGCGCUGUGGAUGAAUCUUUGGAUGUCGACGCAAGGCCCGGUGCCGCCACAGUUGUUACAGCCUCAGCGGGGGGUAGCAACAAGAAGAAGAAAGGGAAAGGGAAGAAAUGA